AUGCGCAGACUUUCUCGGGCAACUUCAACCGCCCGUGGCGCCACGUUUUUGGCCUUGGCUCCCACCACCUGCCGUUCAGGCAUAGAGGUCCACGGAGCAAACGCGGCGAUGACCCACGCAUACUGCGCGGACUUCACUGCUCUCCUCUGUCUCUGGGUGGAGCAACCGAGCGAGCGCAUUCAUCUUCUCCAGCUCAGCUGCAACGCGCUCCUUGCUGAUUUUGAGCUUCAAGGCCACACUGAUAUCCUCAUUCUGCAUCGCCCUUUCCGUCUCGGGGUCAAUUUGGUACCCCAGUCUGCUCGCGAACCGGAUCAAUCGAAGCACGCGCAGCGGGUCAUCUCUGAAUGUCUGGUCCUCCAGCCGCGAGUCGUUGAGAUUGUAGAAAAGCGCGUUGAUCGUCGCAUCCCGCCGCAAUGCGUCCUCGGUGGCCGUGCCAAACUCCAUCUGCGGAUUCCGGCUUUCCUCCGAACCGAAGAUCUUCGUCGUGACCGUUUCCAGGUGCUUGGACUUCUCCGGGUUGGCCUCGAUUUUGUGGAGGCUCACAAUCGCAUCGUGCAUCUUUCCCUCUGGGAGGCUCUGUUUGUACUUUUCCAGGUUUUGCGGCUCGUCCAGGUACUGCUUCAGCGCCAUGCCGAACUGGUAACCCGUCAUGCUGCUGAUCCCGACGUCGAUGUCACGGCUGUCCACUCCGAGCAGCUUGUCUCGGACCCAGCCGCCUGUGAAGCGCAACACCGUUUCUGGAUGAUUCUUCACAUCGCUCCCUCCCUCGACAAUCUCCUGGUCCCGGAUGUACUGUGCGACGUCAAGAAGGAGGGUGCGCAGGGUGCUCUCGAGUGGAGUGAGCUCGAUGGUGGGGAUGGUGUGAUUCAUUGCGGAGGAGCGAUCCGGCGCGGGGGAAGGGGAAAUGCGUCUUCUCUUGGUGACUCGCUCUAA